AUGACAACAGUGAAAUUAAGUGAAAGUUGGUCUCAAGUUUUGCGAGAUAAAGUUGUGUUUAUAACGGGUGGUGGUGGAGGUAUUGGUUCUGCUAUUGCUCAUACAUGUACACUGCAUGGUGCUCAAGUAGUAGUAUCUGAUAUUAAUAAGGCAGCUGCCGAUAGAGUAGUGGCCGACAUUGUUGGAAGUCAAAAUGAAGGUUCAGAUCGAAUUAUAAGUUUAGAACUUGAUACAGUUGAUGAACAAGCAAUUGAACAAGCAGUAAAAAAAGUAGUUGAUAAAUGGGGUACAAUUCAUGUACUCGUCAAUGCUGCAGCUGAUUUUACUUUGGGUUUAAUUGAAAACGUUUCAGCUGAUGCUUGGUCACAUAUUUUUAAUGUUAAUGUUCGUGGUUAUGCGUUGAUGAUUAAACAUAUUGUAUCUUUACUCAAAGAACAACGUUCAGGUUCUAUUAUUCAAUUUGGUAGUAUAAGUGGUUUAAUUGCUCAAGCCGGUUUUGUCCCAUAUAAUACUACGAAAGCAGCUGUAAUACAAAUGACACGAAAUUUAGCACUUGAUUUGGGUUCAUAUAAUAUUCGAUGCAAUUCUAUUUCUCCUGGUUGUAUUGAAACACCACCAAUUAUUCAACUGGCGGCUUCGAGAAAUUUAACAAUGAAACAGUUUGUUCAAAAUCGAGCAGACACUCAAUGCAUAAAGCGUAUAGGCACACCGCAAGAAAUAGCAAAUAUGGUUGUUUUUCUUGCUUCGGAUUUAUGUCCAUUUAUCACUGGUGCUAACUUAACAGUAGAUGGAGGUUAUACUACUAUUUAA